GCACAUGAAAUAAUAAGUCUUAUUGUAGGUAAGUCGUCGUAUUCGCUGUUGAAUGUUUCAAAAUAUACGGUUCUGAUGCUAACGAUAUUUUCGAUACUUGUGUGGACUUUUUGAACUAUUUUAUUCAAUUGUGCAUGGACUUAAAUCAAAACAGUUUAUUAUAAGUAAUCGGAGAGUGAAACAUUUUUAAGUUAAUUUAUUCCUUCAGCUCAAGGCGAUAGUUCGAGCGCGAUCAUGCAAUCAUUGAACUUGGACAACUUUCCAUUCAUCUUCAUCUCGUUGUCAUAUAUUGUAUUUUUUAACACGUGUGAUUAUGUCACGUGUCUGGAUACUUCGCAAAAAAUUAAAGAAUUCGGAUAUCCGUUGGAGACACAUGAAGUGUGGACAGACGAUAGGGCUCAUUUGGGCUUAGAACGAAUACCGCAUAAUGGCAACAAAGUUAUUGGAAGACCAGUUCUUUUAUUGCACGGAAUAUUUGCAGAUUCAUUUCUAUACGUAGUUAACAACUCGUCACUUGGUUUCGUACUGUCGGAUGCCGGUUUUGACGUUUGGUUGUACAAUUCCAGAGGUGCGGGUCUUUCAAGAACACUCAGCAUUUAUAAGGGACCUGGAUCACUCCCAAACAUGAAUAGAGUGUCGUGGAAUUUUAGUUUUCACGAACUUGGCGUGUACGAUUUGCCUGCAGUUAUAGAUUUCAUUCUGAAAAUAACGGAAUAUUCUAAACUGGACGUUGUUGGGUACUCCUUAGGAGCAACUGUAUCCUUCGCUUGCUUGUCCGAUAAGCCUGAAUACAACGACAAGAUCAACAAACUUGCACUCAUAGCCCCAGCGACAAAUUUUGCAACAUCGCCAGUCGCUGCUGUUGUUAAGCAAUUUUCAGAAAUUUUAUUGGUCAUGUUGAAUGGAUUGGAUUUCAUUCCAUUUACCGUGGAUCCAGACGAUACGUAUCGUAAAUUAAGAAACAUGUGUGCAAAUGAAGGCAUCACAAUGAGUUGUAAGAGGUUUAUCGAUGUAUUGGACGAAUCCGACUUACCAAUUGACAAUAACACCGUCUUGGACAUUUUUUCUGUAUUUCCACAACCAGUGUCAUCUAAAUUGUUGAAACAUUACUUUCAAGUAGUAAUGAAAGACAAACUAAGUCAUUACGAUUAUGGGACUUCUGGAAACUUGCUGCGUUACAAUAGGUUAAUGCCACCGGAUUACGAUUUGUCCAAAGUUACAGUACCCACAUUUACUAUACAUUUAAAAGCUGACUAUCUAUCUACACCAACGGACGUAAAAAGGCUUAUAAGUUCAUUGCCAAACAUUAAGGAAGUACGUUAUAUUGAUCAAGAACAAGGUGGUCAUCUGAGCUUAUUACUAAGUCCAAAUACAAGAGAACUCGUGAACUCAUUUAUAGCAACUAAAUUGUUAGAUUAAAGCUGAUCUUACAGAAUGUGUUUUGUUACGUCAAUGUGAUUUAUUUUUAAUUGUUAAUUGUUAAUUGUUAAGAAACAAUAAUAUUAUAAGAAACCUACAACGGUGUAAUGUACAUUGUGAAUAAACCGUUUUAUUUGUAUUAUAAUA